CAACUUAAUUAGGUAACUUAAGUGAAUGAACUGCCGUACAACCUGUAUUACGUAAGUUCUACGACGGUGACGAGAGCGAGCUGCCUGCCAAAUGAUGAACAUCGGGACUUUGAAAGCCCAUCUAGAUAUCCGCCGAGGAGCUCUGCUACCACAAUCUUAUUCCUUAGCCCUUCUAAUCAACCCAAACUGUAGCUGCUUAGGUGAAACUUAAGCUGCAAUUUCGGUCGGCUAUCAAUUUCUUCAUCCGUAUACAUUAUCUACCUCCUGUCCGAUCAGUAUGGAUGGAACGGUGGACCCCGAGCGCGAUCAGGCGCUGGAGCAGUACAAGAACAAGCUUUUGGAGUGCAGAGAAUGGGAAGCAAAGCUGAAAGCUCUCAGACUGGAGAUUAAAGGCUUGCAAAAGGAUUUCGAUACGACAGAAGACAACAUCAAAGCGCUGCAGAGCGUCGGCCAGAUCAUUGGCGAGGUGUUGAAGCAGCUCGAUGAGGAGAGAUUCAUCGUCAAAGCGUCUUCCGGUCCGCGUUAUGUCGUCGGUUGCAGAUCAAAGGUGGAUAAGGCCAAGCUGAAACAAGGCACUCGUGUUGCCCUGGACAUGACGACGCUCACCAUUAUGCGCAUGCUCCCUCGAGAGGUGGAUCCGCUGGUCUAUAAUAUGUCUCUCGAGGAUCCCGGGCAGGUUAACUUUGCUGGUAUUGGUGGACUCAACGAUCAGAUCCGCGAACUACGAGAGGUUAUUGAGUUGCCGUUGAAGAACCCGGAGCUCUUCCAACGUGUUGGAAUCAAACCUCCAAAAGGUGUUCUGCUCUAUGGUCCCCCGGGAACAGGAAAGACUCUCUUGGCCCGAGCUGUAGCGAGCAGCUUAGAAACAAAUUUCCUCAAGGUCGUUUCUUCCGCAAUUGUCGAUAAAUACAUUGGCGAAUCCGCUCGUUUGAUUCGGGAAAUGUUUGGCUAUGCUAAGGAACAUGAACCUUGCGUCAUCUUCAUGGAUGAAAUCGACGCCAUUGGUGGACGAAGAUUUUCCGAGGGAACUUCGGCCGAUCGAGAAAUCCAACGAACGCUGAUGGAGCUUCUCAAUCAGCUCGACGGAUUCGAUUAUUUGGGUCAAACGAAGAUUAUCAUGGCAACUAACCGGCCCGACACAUUGGACCCGGCAUUACUCCGUGCGGGUCGAUUGGACAGAAAGAUCGAGGUGCCGCUACCUAACGAAGUUGGGAGAUUGGAAAUUCUCAAGAUCCACGCUGCCAGCGUGGUUACGGAAGGGGAAAUUGAUUUCGAGAGCGUGGUGAAGAUGAGCGAUCAGCUUAACGGUGCCGAUUUACGGAACGUUGUCACUGAAGCAGGAUUGUUCGCCAUCAAGGACUACAGAGACGCUGUAAAUCAAGAUGACUUUAACCGCGCUGUCCGCAAGGUGGCCGAGUCGAAGAAGCUCGAAGGCAAGCUCGAGUACCAGAAACUGUAGACUUUCUAGGGUCAUUCAUGGUGUUUGGAAUCCGAACAGAAUCUACAAGGAGCGGGCAUGAUCAUCUGGGCGUUGUAUUUAACUGUUAGUCAUAGCAAGUGUCAGGUAAUUCAGGCAUCGGGUGGGAGAUAUUCCCAUCUCAAUUCUCUCUCGAGAGACGAGCUCUGGUCAGGCUAAAUGGGUUUCAACCACGAAGAUUAUCCGUUUCGGAAUCUCCGUUACAGUAGUGUACGUCGUAGGCAGUGGCACCUGCAGUAAUGCUCAGGGGGAACAAGGGCCAAGCCGGGGCAAACG